AGAGUUUGCUACAGGCCAUUACAGCAAUCCGCACAGCUCUCCGCCGCCGCAUCGCGUCGCGCCGCGACACCACGACUCGAAACCCCCCAUCUUAAAUCCGUCCUCGACUGCUUCGAGGCUGGGAGCGCGAGCCGAAGCCAUUGCGACACUGGUUUCCAGUCGCCGCCGCUCGCCGACAGCAUGUUCGGCAUCUUGGGUGCCCGCGACCGCAACGACGGCACGGAGGAAUAUGCCUCGUUCGACGAGCUGUUCGCCGCACUCAAGUCGCGCAUGCAGAAAGACGGCUACAAGGUCGUCAAGUCGCGCACCCAUCGCAACAAGGUCGGCGGCACCUACGAGAAGGGCAGCGAGGUCGUCCGAUGCGACCUCGUGUGCGACCGAGGUGGACAGCCGUACAAGUGCACCGCGACGCAGCUCAAGACGUCGACGAAGAAGACCAACUGCCCGUGGAAGGCCAAGGCCGUGAAUCGCAAGACCUUGGGGAAAUGGAUCUUGACAAUCAUAUGCAGCGAACAUAACCAUGAGGCACGAACCCCCGACCCGCCGACCGACGAGGAAGAUGCCGAUGCAGAGGGAGACGCCGACAUUGUCCAGGACGCACCAGCUGUUUCUGAAGUACAGAGUUCUGGCCCGGCGCCAGAUCCUACGACAGCUGCCCUACUCGCAGUUGUCGGCGUUACGCCUAACACGAUGCGACUUACCGGCGACGUCUUCCACAACUUCAAAACAGAAUAUCGAAAAAUGUCGAAGCCAGAACGGUUAGGCAUACUUGCACAGUUGCAACUACGUAUAGCGGCCAUUUACGCUGUCGAGAACGAAGACAUGCAGAGGCAAGAACGGCAGGCCAGACAGGAGAAGAAGCAUCAAGAGAUUGAAGAGAACAGACGUAAGUCGCAAAGCGCGCAACAGCAACAACCACAGCAACAGCCACAGUCACAGCAGCAACCACAACAGCCGCAGGCACAACAGCAACAACAGCAGCAACAGCAACCACAGCAACCACCACAGCAACCACCACCACCACAGCAGCAGCAGCAGCAGCAGCAGCAGCAGCAAGCGAUGCCUCAACAACAGCAUCAGCUUCAGCAUCAACAGGUACAGCAACAACAACAACAACAACACCAGCAGCGUCAACAGCACCAACAGUCGCAAGUGCAGAAUCAUAAUCAUAACCACAACCACAACCACGUCCAGCAACAGUUGAACCAGAUGUCUCGGGACGGCAUGACGGGGAUGCCAAAACACCCGUUCGAACAGAACCCCCACGAUGAGCACGUCCAGUAUCGGGACCGCCAAGCUGAGAUGGAGGAAAGGAACCAGAGGACAAUGCAGAUGCGCGGGCAGCAAAUGAACAACGCAUUCCAGCAGAACGCCGUCCAGCAAACGCCCAUCCCGGUGCCCCAGUUCGGCAUACAGUCCGGCAUGCAGUCGGCGCCACCCAAUGCAGCAGUGUUCCGCCACUACGCGGGGACGCCGGUCAACAACGCCGUUCCGCAGGGAGGUGCCGGGGGUUCGCCGGCCACCGGGUCGAAGCGGCGCGGCCGGCCCAAGAAGACAAACAUGGAUCAGAGCCUCGACGCCAGUCUUCACAUGACGAGGUAGCAGUGGGGGCCCGAGAGGGCCAAGAAGAGAGCAGUAAUGCGCCAGAAGUAGGCAGGCUCGGUAUUUAAUAUGAACCGGGGGAAGGGCGGAGCGGGCUUAGGUAUGGAUGACUACGUACGACUGGGAGGAUUUGGGGAAUGGCGUUUAUAGGGAGAUCAGUGCAGCAGCUGACUGGACAUGCUUUCUUUCUUAUGUUUGAAAAAGCACACAUAUAUGGAGAGAGGUGGAAGAGGAUCCGCAAGGAUGACUUGCCCUCGGUAGUUUUUGUUUUUCCCCCCAUCAUCUGAACAUACCUAGAGAGGAGGCUUUCCUGUCUUAUCUGUCAGUACCUAUGCUCUCGCUACCUAACAGAGUCUUCCUAUGGCCUCGCCCACG